AGUCGAUGGACAGGGAUCGCGCAUCGUGAUUCGUGCAGGUCCCGAGGAAAUCACCUACAUCGAUCGCUCGUAAACAUUACUUGUUUCAAUGCGCUCUGCAGUAUUAUGCAUAUCAAUUAGAUUAACGAAAUGAAGAAUAGACUGCUUAAUCAUGCCUGAUAAUAUAAAUAGAAAAUAAGUAUGCAAAGUGAAGUGAAUUUCGUUUAUUGACGAAAAGGAAAACAAAAUACUACAAAUGAAUCCGAAAAACAGCAAUGAGAUGGAUACCAGUGCUAUCGAAGCGAACUUUGUUUAUUUUUUUCAUAUUAUUGUUUCUAUUAUAUUUAUUUUAUGCUUUGAAUUCUUGUUUAGUUGACGAAAAAAAGUUCACACUAAAAUACAUUUUUAUAAAGCAGCAUAUAUCGAAAUAUAGAGAGGCAAGCGUACGUUUCGCUUCGCUUUUAGGGUUUAAUGUGGAGGACGGCUACAAGUACACGCGGCUCAAACAAAACGAAGUACCCGUAAAGAGACUUCCUGACGCACUUGUUAUAGGCGUGAAGAAAUGUGGGACGAGGGCAUUGCUGGAGUUUUUAAGAUUACAUCCCGAUGUCAGGGCUGCUGGAUCAGAGGUGCACUUCUUUGAUAAAUUCUACCACAAGGGUUUUGAAUGGUACAGGGACAAGAUGCCUCCAACUCUGGAGGGCCAGAUCACAAUGGAGAAGACACCGUCGUACUGGGUCACUAGGUCGGCUCCCAGACGUGUGUAUGCCAUGAAUCCCAGCGUCAAACUGCUCGCUGUCGUACGGGACCCAGUGACAAGAGCCAUCAGUGAUUAUACGCAGUCAGCCAGUAAACGUCCCUCGCUCCCUCGUUUCGAAGACCUAGCGCUAGUCAACAGCUCAGCAGGUUGGGGCCCUGUCCCCUCAGUGGUAGACGCGUCUUGGCCGCCGGUCAGGCUCGGGGUGUACGCCAGGCCGUUGCGGAGGUGGCUGCGAAGGUUUGCCAGGUCCAAGUUGCUGCUGAUCAGCGGGGAGAGGCUGGUGGUAGACCCGGCUGCUGAGAUGGCAAGAGUACAGGAGUUCCUUGGUCUAAAACGGGUGAUAACAGAAAAGCACUUCUACUUCAAUUCAACCAAGGGUUUUCCGUGUCUCUUGAAGUCUGAAAGUCGAUCGACACCGCACUGUCUGGGCAAGACAAAGGGCCGAAGUCACCCACAUAUAGACCCUAAAACUAUUGAAAGACUGAGAGACUUCUAUCGGCCAUUUAACGAAAGGUUCUAUGAGUUAGCUGGUAUAAAUUUUGGGUGGCCUUGAAACUGACGGAAACUGAAAAAAAGAGGUAACUUGAAUAUGAAAACAUGAUACUUGUUCAUGUUUUAAUGUAUAUUAAAAUAUCAAGACGGUUACAUCAUAGUAAUACAAACGCAUGCCAUAUAAUUUUGCGGAUAAAGUGUGAUAAUUAUGAUUAAUGUGUUUAUCAGAAACAUUAACCAAGGCAUGACAUUAAACAUCAAUGUUACUUAGUACCUUCCACUUACUCUUAAUCCAGAUAAAUACUGAUGCUUCCUUAGUAAAUACCUAUACAUUAGGUACUAAGAAAUUGUAUACUUAGCCUUAACACUUUCAUUACCACUACGAUUUUCACGAUGUUUACUCAGAUUAUCAGAUGCCGCCUACAUUUUACGUUGGACUCGCUAGGCGAGUCGCUGGCACUGCAACAUGAAUUGCAUCGACUCGCCACGCGAGUUCAGUGGCAUUGCGUUAGGGUAAAAAUAAUGUUUUGUUAUUUUUGUGGCCGUGACAGUCUACGUUGCAUGUUUAACGCAAUUAAAAAGUGUUUAACUAAUACGGUGUAAUUUAACAUAUAAAAAUGGCAAGAAACACUAUAGUAUAGUCCUUACUUAACAAAGUUGAAGGGAUUACACACUAUAUCGUUUUACACAGAUCCUAACUAUUUAGUGCGUACCUCCUUAAAAAAAAAAAAAUACUAUGUGAUAUGUUAAUAUACCAUUGUUCAUAAUUAUAAUCCAUUCCAAUGAAGUUAUCAAUAACUAUAAAAAUAUGUUUUAUCGUUACAUUUGAGUAUUUACUUUAUAAGCUAAAUGCGGGUAGUCGCUUAUUAGUUCCUAGUCAGCCAUUCUGACACGUGUUCGAUUUGAUAUCAUUUACUGUUAUCGCUCCACAAUUUAUACGAUUAUGGAGCUAUAUCAUUAUAUAGUGAACAUGCUUAUAGCUUUAGGUACUUAAUAUUCCUAAUUUAGACUAAAUAUGUUGUAGUUUAUGAUUAAGGGAGUAUAUUGGUCAAAGGCAAAAAUGCAAAUUCUUGUGAAGUCACCACAUCAAGCUGCCAAGGGAAUUGCUGCCUAAAUGCAAAGAAGCAAGAAUGAAAAUCCAGUUAACAAUUUGCAUUUGUGUGUUUUGGCUUUGAAGACUGAAAUGUGAAUUAUGGGAUAGGAUAGAAUCAAACUUGUAAGAGGCGCUUUGGACACUCAGUAAGGAAUCACUAAUUGUUUAAAAGCGUCAUCAUUAUUUCCAAUUUUGUUUUACCCCAAAAAGUAUUCAGGUCAAUUCAUAUGUAAGUUAAAACAGUCAAAAUUCCAAAAAUUGUUAACAUAUAAAGAAACAUUUAAUUUUCUAUAAUUUUAAAGCUGAUAUAAUUCCAUUUCAUAAUAUAUUUACUAAAUGAAAUGUCUUGCCACUAAUGUUAUGUGAACACGAUGGUUGUGUAAAGUAAACGAAUCAAGUGAUAGAGUAGUACCAUGUGCCAUUUAUCAUAAAUAGGUAUUUAUAUUAAUUAGAUACAGAAUUUUGUACGCAAACCAGUAUCUAUUCUUCCUAUUAGUAAUGUAUAAGAGCAAUGGCUCAUAGGAGACUCAAUUUUGUCUGUAUUGUGUCUGAAUUGUGUCUGUCUCAUUUCCGAUUAUCGUUUGCCUUUAAUGAUAUUUUAUGCAUCAAGUAACUAGCUCACAGGGCCCCAAUUCUGCUAUUUACAAUGGCCGAUGAAUUAAUAGAAAUUGGAUUAUAUUGGCACUUUUCCUUUUAUUCUAAGCAUUUUUCUAACACAAUAAUUGGAAACUUAGUACGGGGAGGAAUACUCACAGAAAACACAACAAAUACAGUCAAUACGAGGAAUAGUUUCAAAUUUUAUCCAAUUGCCAUUCAUUCAUCGGCCAUUGUCAAUAGCAGAUUCGGGGCCCUGUUCUAUUUGACAGAAAGCACUUGCCAUGAAGUAUCAAUCUGUAUUUAAUUUAAAUUAAUGAACAAAAAUUCUAUAGCCCGUAUUUUCUUAUUGUUGCUUCAAGCUAUUUAGAACGUAAAUUUAAAGCACCAUAAUUCAGGGGUACUGCAACUUUCUGGGGUGAAUAAUGUUUUAAAUUUAUUUACUGAUGAAUUGAAGAUUUCUACUCUGAAUUUAAAAAUUAAAUCUGUAGGUACAAUUCUUGAGGUUCCUGACUUUAUUAUAUUAGUAUAAUAGAUUUCCUAUACACCUCAUUAGUAGCAAUACAACUCAAAUUACGGUAUCAAACAAAAUGAUUAAAUCCAAAAGAAAAUUUACCUUCAAUCCAUUUUUUCCUACAUUUUAUCUAUUUAUCAAAAAUUACGUAUCAACUUGUCGCCUGUUUUAUGUAUAUAUUUAUAAAAUACAAACCUCCUCGUUUAUUGUAUUAGUGUAUAAAAUAUUGCGAUCUAGCUUAAAACUAGUUAUACUUGCACUGAGCCCUCCGAAACACUUGUGCCAUGUAGCUGCUUAAUAGCAUAGAUAGCUUAAUAUAUUAGAAUAAGCCUGUUUUCAACAUGUAAGAUAUUUAAAUAAAAUACGCAUAUAACAAUAAACGUAUAUGUUUUUAAUUGUUGUUAUUCAUAUAAUAUAUGACACCAUUAUUAAGAGGUAAUACAUGGGACCUGAUACAUAUGUAAUAAAAUUAUUACUUCACAAAGCAUAGCUUAUAACAAUUCUUACUGACAUGCUGGCGACAAUCGUACAAAAAAAAAACGGUUGACUCUAUUGACCUAUUAAAAAAAACAAUUAUUAUUUAUUUACAUUACAAAAUCAG